UUCCUCGCUGAAUGUGCACGGCAAUGGUUGAAAACAAGCAGGCGUGACGUUAUAUCUUCAAGUUACGUUCAAAUGUUAUCAUACGUUAACGCUCAUCAAUGAUGAUUGAGGUUCAUUUACGCAUUGUUUUGAAACAAAUUUUAAACCUCCGCGUUAUUUUUGUAUAAAUAAACACUUGUUCUGAGAACUCGAACAACAUUCGACAAAACUAGUUAAGGAAUUACAGUCCUAUAGCAGAAGAAAUCAGGAAAGAAUUACUAAGCAAAGAUGAUACUAAUCACGCUUUUGGCAAUAGUUUUGGCUGUAUCAACGACGACUGGACAAAAUGAAUUUAACUAUCUCUGUGGCGAGCGGCAAUUAGACAACGGUGCAGGGUUUAACAGCCACCCGUACGAUUGUACAAAAUAUAUUCAAUGUGAAAAAGACAUUUACAACAACGUUAUCGCUAGGGUGAGACCGUGUGGUUUUGGGACUUUCUUUAGCAAGAGUAUACUUAACUGUGCUAGUGCCGGACAAACAGUUUGCGAGAAUGAUCUUUGUGCUUCAGAGAUGAAUGGUAAACAAAGAAAAGCCGAAGGAAACUGCAGGGGAUAUUAUGAAUGUCUGAAUGGAAAGUCUGUUCCGAAGUGCUGUCCCUCAGGUCAAAAGCAUGACAUAAUAAAAGGAUGCAUUGCCAAUGAAAACGGCGAGUGUACGGAUGAUUGUUAUAACAGCAAAUAUGUAACAGAAGCCCCUCUUCCAAGUAACGAAACAGAAUUUAACUCUACUUCCGGUGAAACCACUGUAACAACCACGACUGAGGCUGCCCCUGCGUUUGAAUGUGAUAGGAGGCCAGUGUUCGGUCACCCAGAGCGAUUUCUCUGGAUCCUGUAUGAUGGAGCAAUCGUUAACACAAUGAGCUGCCCAGCUGGGACCGUCUUCCUGCCUCAGACCUGUAACUGUGGUCAUAUGGAGGUGAAAGACAGUGUUAAGAAAUGCGAACCGGAAGUGCUUCUCACGUUUUCCAAAGACCACAGAGACGUAUCUGUCCAUCAUAAUCACGUCGUAAAUGACGGUGUUGUAGUGGAAAACGGCGUCGCUAAGUUCAAUGGAAACGGCAGCCGUCUUAUUAUUCCUAGAUUUACCAACGUUGAAAUCUCUAGUACCUUCAUCAUCAAGAUGAAAUACAAAUCUAACCACAAUGUUAUCCCAGCUGGCAUGCAGCGAGCGUUGUUCUCAAACAACGGCUGUAAGGUUGAACCAUCUUUAAUUUCAACGGAGGACCGUGAAUAUGUACACGCAGCAGUUGGUACGUACGAGAACUUUCGGCUAGCAACCAACGUAUACCAAGCGCCAUUGAACGCCGGGCAGGAAAAAGAGUUUGUGUACAAGUUCCACAACGAGAAAUUACGCGUAAGUCUUGGAAACACUACAACAGAAAUCCCAGCGAACGGUCAUCUUAGAAAUGUCCAGUGCGCGCUCCAUAUCGGGUACGCUGACGGAGUCCUGAGUUUCGAAGGUGAAAUUGACGAAAUCGCCAUCUACCUUUGUAACCCUGAAAUUUAAACUGAUCUUUGUCGUAGAUUUAUCGUUUUAUUUGUUUAUUUAUUAUGAACGGAUGUUUUUAAAAAGAAAAAUGUAUUUGAUUUGUGUUAGUGAUAUAAAUUUGUGAUUGCUUUCUUGUUUUGAUAUAAAUAAAGAAGUCAAAAUUCAA